GUCGGCGGCGGCGCGCGCGGGGCGGUGCGGGAUGGCGCGCGCCGCGCUCCCGCUGCUGCUCGGCUGCGCCGCUGCCCUGCUGCUUGCCCAAGAGACAGCACAUGCCCAGAACACCAACAGCACACUGUCUGUAACCAGCACAGCACCAGCCAGUGGCAACAGCACACUGUCUGUAACCAGCACAGCACCAGCCAGUGGCACCAGCACAGUGUCUGUAACCAGCACCACACCAUCCAGUGGCACCAGCACAGUGUCUGUAACCAGCACCACACCAGCCAGUGGCACCAGCACAGUGUCUGUAACCAGCAUCACACCAGCCAAUGGAACCAGCACCAGUGCCAGGAGCUCCAGCACAGCACCAGCCAAUGGAACCAGCACCAGUGCCAGGAGCUCCAGCACAGCACCAGCCAAUGGAACCAGCACCAGUGCCAGGAGCUCCAGCACAGCACCAGCCAGUGGCACCAGCACCGGUGCCAGGAACUCCAGCACCGCACCGGCCAGUGGCACCAGCACCGGUGCCAGGAGCUCCAGCACAGCACCAGCCAGUGGCACCAGCACCAGUGCCAGGAGCUCCAGCACAGCACCAGCCAGUGGCACCAGCACCGGUGCCAGGAGCUCCAGCACAGCACCGGCCAGUGACACCAGUACCAUGGCUGGGAGCUCUGCUCAGCAACCCACCAAGCCCGACCCUGGAGUGGUCAUUGUCAUCUGCCUCUUCGUCUGUGUGCUGGUGGGGGCAGCAGCGAUGCUGCUGGUGCGGCUGUGCCGGCGCAGGAACCCCGACUUCCAACACCUGGAUGAGGUGCCCAUGGACAAGGUGACAGAGUCAUCCCACAUCACCCACUACACGCCCAGGUGACCCCCCACACCGCAGCCUCCCCUGGGCUCCCCACACUGCUGAAUAAAGAA